UUAUACUCAAAAUUUAAAUCAUCAUAUUAACUAUGUAAACGGACGCUUCAGAAAUGUGUGUACUUGUAAAAGUAUUUUAACUGUUUGAAAGUUUUUAUAACUACCAAUAAUGACAUCUGAACGGAUUGCUUAUUAUAAAAAUUGCUUCUAUAUAACAAAAUUUGUUUACUUCCUUACUAAUCGGAUGGCGCCUCGGAAACUAUGGAUGAUCAAUUCUCAUUGUUGAGAUCACUGUAUCUAGAGGUUCUAUAACGUUAGUGCAAAGCAUGUGGACCUUGCGGCUUUUAGUAAUCGAUUUACUUGUGAUUGGAUUUUGUGAAACUACUGAACAAUAUAUCGUACGAAAAAUUGGUAGUGACACUAAGCGCUGUAUACCCAUAUCUAACUGUGAACCUGGACAUGAAAUUUUACCAUGCAAAGUUGAAUACACAAAAGACAUCUGUACAUCGUGUCCUUCAGGACUUGUCCAGCCUGAUUAUAUACAGUCUACAGUGGAUCUGAAACUUACAACGUGUUUUGAGAAUAAAAAUGAUGAUAAAUGUGCUGCACAUGAUCUUGAGCCUAGUCGCGAAUACAAUGCCAAAGCUUGUGCUUUUGCAAAGUAUUGUAAGUGUAAUACAGACGAGUGUUACUAUGGCGACCCAUGUGCCUGUAGUACACGUGAAUGUGGCAUAAAUGAAAGUUUGCAUAAAAAUGGAACAUGUGUCAAAUGUUCACCAGGUACCAGGAAGUACAAAACCGGUUGUGGGCUAUGUUCCCCAUUCCAGGUAACAUCAGAAAGCAUGAAGGAAACACAGAGACCUUUAACGUCUAUGAAAACACAAAGUGCACAAGAUGUUACAAACGGUAAUGAGGAACGUACAGUGGUGACUUUGGUUCCAAGCAAUGGUAUAAUGCAAUCAAAAGGCAGAAAAACUCAAGGAAGGGAAGAGACAACAGUUUCAACAAUUACAGGAUCUUCAAACACAUUGAUUGCAGUAAUUGUAGUUUUGGCUGUUCUUGUUAUUGUCGCCAUAGUCCUUAUCAUAUUGCUACGAAAUCACAGACUUAAAAAAGAUCAAGAGAUAAAUGUCAUGGAACAAGGAAGACCCCUGGUUUCGCCUCAAAAUGAUAUGAUUAACAAUGACAAUGUUGAAAACAGGAACCAGGAAGAUAAUGAAAUUGAUGGUCACAUGGGCAACGGAGAUCAGAACAACACAAAUACCGAUGAUUCCACUAAUAAUUACGAUUCUCGUCAAUAUGCAUUAUCCAGUGACAAACGAUAUCAAAAUGAAAUGAAAGAUAUCGAGAGUGCAGAAGAGCUACCAAAAGCCAUUACGAAAUAUUUUGAUAAAAGUAAAGACAUUUCAUCUUCCUCCUGUGAUUAUUCAUCUGGACAUCACAUGCCUCCAGGAGCACAACUGAAUGACAAAAAUACAAAUACUUUGAAUAUACACGAGGCAGAAAAUCCAGAAUGUCAACAGCAAAUGCAAGAAAAUGUGGAAUUAGCUGAAGUUGAAACAUUAGACGAAGCUAGUAUACAACAACAUUCAUCAAAUGGGUAUAUACAACAACUGACAGAAAAAAUCUUUACUCCUGUAACACAAGUCUCAGAUGAACGAUUUGAUCACAGUAGAGAAGAGCCCAGUAGUGGAUACUGUUCUGAAGAAUUUCCAUAUCGUUCGCCACUCUCCGAUAAUAAAGGCCCAGGUUCUCUACAAAAAUAUGGAGAAUUGGUUUCGGUUUCUGAUCGGAACACGGAGGGUACAGAGAGCAUGACAAGCUGUCUAGAAAAUUUCAAUUUCAAAUUAUCAGAACCGACAACACCAUCUGUUCACAGUGAAAGUAUUGAACCUAAACAAAGUUUUGUUAAAAUUGAUAGUGGCGUCUAUGACAGUGGCAAUAGACAGAGCUAAAACGUUAUGACUGAAGUCACUUGUGUUCUAAAGAUAUAUACACAUAAGAGUGACAUUAAAGUUGUAUGAAAAUCGUAUGAAUGUGGCAUAAAAUAUUUGGAAAUCUUGAAACAUAAACAAGACUUAAAAAGGUCAAUAAAUCUUCGUUAUUGAUAGUCUAAUGUCAUGCAGUUUAUCAAGCUCCAAAUAACAUAGUCUUACUGUGAAUAAAAUAAGGAGGCUAAGACGGAUCUGCUAUACAUAUCAAAUUCUAUGAUAAAGGAAUGACAAAAACUAAGCACUGACGGUGUUACUGAUAAGAGACAUGCAAUAGAAGAUGUGACAUCGUUAAACAUUAAUUUAGUAAAUCGAUGUUCAAUUCGGUUCAUAAGUAAAGGUUUAAAAUCUCCUUACUUUUUAUAAAGGUAGUGAAUUGUGUAUUCACAUGAAUAAAAAUUUAAGUGAGAGCACGUGCGUCAACAGAGUUUUACAAGUUUUUAAUCAAGACGAACAAGAAUACGUUUAAACAUGCUAACAUCAAUACUCACAAUUAAACUUAUCGAUACAACCUUGGAAACUGUAGGAAAUUGAAAGAUCGAGUGUAUCUUCAAUAUAAGAAAGUUUGUAGCUUUGAAAUGAUGCUUAAGUAGGGCAAUUGAAAUUGUUACAGAAUGUAAAUUAGAAAAUGGCUUUAAAUAUAGGCAGCUAAUAAACCUUGUUAUGUGUUCAUAGAUAUAUGUAUAUUCUGUUACCUAUUCUAACAUCGGACUCGGACUUCUUUUAACUGAGUUUUACUGUACGUAUUGCUGUGUGUUUGUUUAUUCUACAUUGGCUAGAAGUAUAGGGGAGGGGUGAGAUCUCACAAAACAUGUUUAACCCCGCCGCAUUUUUGCGCCUGUCCCAAGUCAGGAGCCUCUGGCAUUUUGUUAAGUCUUGUAUUUUAUUUUAAUUUUGGUUCAUUUAUAUGUUUCGGAGUUUAGUGUGAUGUUCAUUUUCGCUGAACUAGUACAUAUUUUGUUUAGGGGCCAGCUGACGCCCGCCUCCGGUUGUGAGAUUUUCUCGCUGUGUUGAAGACCCAUUGGUGGCCUUGUGCUGUUUUCUGCUCUUUCGUCGGGUUGUUGUCUCUUUGACACAUUCUCCGUUUCAAUUCUCAAUUUUAUGUUAUGUUUUGUUUUGUGUUGUAAUGUAUUUUCGUUAAAGCAUUAAAGAUUGUACCUUUAAUGCAACUUCCACGCACAUUGUUUGUUAUCUUAUGACAAAAUUUGAUUUGUCCGAAACUGUAGAUUUAUAGUUUAUUCGAGUCUCUUAACAUUGAUGCACAUUACUAUCUUACUGUUAAUACCAUAACUAAACUUUUAAAACUGGCUCAUCAAACAUAUAUUUUAUGCAUAUAUAAGUGGUGGAUAUGAGAACGUGGGGGGGGGGGGGGGGGGGGGGGGAACAAAAACUCAAGUCAAAGAAAGAGAGCCAAAACCAUGACCAAAUUAUAGGAACAAAGACACACAGAGAUCAUAUUUGAGUCAUUUAUUUCUAGUAAAUGGAAAACAACUCAAAUGGUAAAUAUGUCUCAUCGCCCAUUGCACAUGCAUGAUAUUAACCAUUCUUACUAAGUUAUAACGCAUGCAUGCUAUAUCCAAUUCAUACAUUAGGUAUAAAAUAUGCAUGACAUGUCCCAUUCUUAAGUUAGGUACAAUUAAAACAUGCAUCAGAUGUCCCAUUCUUAUUUUAGGUAUAACACGUGUAUGAUAUAUCCCAUUCUUACGUUAGGUAUGACACAUGCAUGAUAUUUACCAUUCUUAAUUAAGGUAUAACACAGAUAUGAUAUGUCCCAUUCUUACGUUAGUAAUAACACAUGCAUGAUAUGUACCAUUCUUAAUGAAGGUAUAAGACAGAUAAGAUAUGUCCCAUUCUUAUUUUAGACAUAACAUCCCAUUCUUAUCUUAGGUAUAUCACAUGUAUGAUAUGCCCAAUAAUUACGUUAGAUAUAUAACAUGCAUGAUAUGUCCCGUUCUUACGUUAGUUAUAACAGAUCUAUAAUGUCGCUCCCUCAUAUGAAAUAUUUUGUCACGUAUUCAUCUAUUUCAAGAGAUAACUAAUAGUUGCCCCAACUUUUUAACUCUUAACGCAAGAGAUAAACUGAUAUGGCUUAUCAUGAACACAGAAGAUAAGUAAAUUCUCACUGCUGCAAGUAAAUUUAUUUCAAAAAAUUGUUAAUUAUGCGGCUUUCUUGUCUGCUUCAGACACGAGGAGGACUGUGUAAAUAACACAGCUCCUUGAGUACCGCCCCUUGGUGUCUGUUGCAGUAGGGAAACCUACACUAUUCUCAAUACCUAUUACUGCAGUAUACUUUAUUUGCUGUGAAUACACAUGAACUUUUUUUUUUGCAUUUGUGUUUGUUUUUCUGCAUCAGAUACGAGGAGGAUUGUUAGAGCUUUAAAGCUCACAAUCCUAGAGUAUCGUCCCUUGGUGUCUGUUGCAGCUAAACAAUCAUUUAUAUUUAUAUUUAUACAUUUCCAGCAAAAUAUUUUAAAAUCAAGUGAGAAAAAAAAAGUUUGCCACAUCUCUGGAGUAGCAACUCUUAAAUACUUUUUAUUUAACAUAUAAUACCUGUAUGACUUUAUUUCAAUAGUUGAAGUUUAUUAUAUGAAUGUCAUGUUAAAUACUGUAUGUUGUAUCAAUUAUAUAUGUUAUGUGUAUAUGCCCCCCUGGGGACCUAAUUUGGAAAAUAAAACUUAUCUUAUCUUAUCUUAUCUUAUCUUAUCUUAUCUUAUCUUAUCUUAUCUUAUCUAAAACUUAUCUUAUCUUAUCUUAUCUUAUCUAAAACUUAUCUUAUCUUAUCUUAUCUAAAACUUAUCUUAUCUUAUCUUAUCUUAUCUUAUCUGUAAGUAUCUGUAAUCAUACAUAAACAUAUGAUUCUGAAUAUUGAUUAAGUAUGAUUAAAAACAUUAUUAUGACAUUAACACUUUCUUUAUUGUAUUUUGUAUAUUUUUUUUUUAUUUUUUUUUCAUUUUGUAUAUUCUUGUUAUAUUAUGAAUUGACAAGGACAAUUGUGUUUUUACAUUAUGACUGAUUGAAAGGCACAAUAAAUGUUUUAUUAAAAUGUUAAACCUUAUUUGAAAAAGAUGUUACUAUAACGUUCUUUAUUUCAUUUGUUGUAUUAGUAAACUGAUUUUUUGUUUUUGACCAGUAUUAUGACAUUUUUAUUUUCCUGGAAUUUAUCAUUUCUUAGGAUAGUUAUAAUGCAUUUGCUCUUGAAAAAAAUUCGAGUCCCUCAGUCUAUCAUCAUUUCAUAUUUUGACUUUUAAAUGGCUGGUAACAAAUAUAUUGUUGAUGUUGUUAGUUAAUUCUAUGCAAUAAUGGUAUAUUGUACAUAUACUAUUUGUGCUUAAAUAAAGAUAUCAAUACUUA